GGCGUGGGCCAGUUCAACGGGCUCCAGCUGGGUGACUUCCGUACGGAGGGUCAGAAGGACGUGGAAAAGAAGGGGGUUCUGGCACACCCUACUUGCAUCUACUUGCUAUACGCCCUCGCCCUGGCCUUCAUGCUCAAGCGAUUGGAGCUGGAAGACCUCAAGUUGGAGGAUAUAACCGUCGCCAUGGACAAAAGUGCCGUGGCGAUCAAGUUGGUCAAGUCGAAGAUGAACCAGGAUGCCAAAGGUGUGACAGGAACCCUGGGGUGCACAUGCAAGCGAGCUAAAUCUACAUGCCCGGCUGAGCUGGCCAACGUCCUGGUGAACAAGAUUAAGGCCCGCAUUACCGUGAUCAAGCAGGAGACGGUCUGGGUGGCGUCGGACCUCCUCGGGCACAGUGUUCUUGCCCCGAAUUAUGAGUUUCUCUAG